AUGUAUGAAGAUUGUGAAGUUCUUGCAUCUAUGGUCGCUGGAGAAGAUGGGGUUUUGCUACCAAGCCAAGGCUCCGACUUUAGCGACAUUCACAUAAAUUUUCACCCUUCUUCUCCUCUAAUUAUUUCAGCUAAACAAGAUUGGAAUGAUAACUUGACCCUAAGAGCCGAGAAUGAAAAAUUGAAGAACGAGAAUUUGCAGCUACAAGCCGCCAUAAAAGCAUUGAUAUGCCCUAACUGCAACAAUAUGGGUUACGAUGAACAACUUCGACUUGAGAAUGUGCAACUCAAAAUAGAGUUACAAAGAGUGGGUUGCUUUGGUAUAACAUCAAGCCAGCAUAUUCAAACAGUGGAAGCAACAGAAGAGAUGGCCCCUUGGCUUCAUUCUUCCUCAACAAUUCUUUUCCAGGAGCAACAAAUAGACAACUUCAGGGACGUGAUCAACCAAGCCCCUUUGAUGUGCGCAGAGCUACAAUUUCCAUCUCCUCUAGUUCCUACAAGAGAAGCUCUAUUUCUUUGUUACUGCCAACUAAACAAGGAGGAGAGGACUUGGGUUAUUGUUGAUUUUCCAUUUGAAAGCAUGGAUGGAAGUUGCCAACCUUCCUCCCCUAGAUACAAGAGAAGACCUUCUGGUUGCAUCAUCAAGGACUUGCCAAAUGGAUGCUUUAAGGUCACUUCGGCAGAACAAGCAGAGGUUGAGUACACACCAAUCCAUAAGAUUUUUCACCUUUUCAUCAAUAGCGGAAGGGCAUUUGAAGCUCAACAUUGGCUAGUUGUCUUGCAAAGACAAUCUGAGAGGCUUGCAAGCCUUGUGGCUACUAAUGUAUCAAAUCUUGGAGGGAUGCAAAUAACCGAAGCAAGGAAGAAACUGAUGAAUCUUGCAAAGAUGAUGACAAAAACUUUAUUUGUGAAUAUGAGUAGUUCUUGUGGUCAAACAUGGAUGGCCCUUUCGAAUUGUGCUGAUCACACUAUUAGAAUCACCACGAGAAGCAUCACGGAGCCUUGCCUGCCCAUUGGUUUGAUUCUCGCUGUUGCAUCCACUUCUUGGCUUCCAUAUUCAACUUUUCUCGCUUUCAAUCUAGUCAAAGAUGAGCAUUGUAGGGCUCUGCAGCUAGAUGUUCUUUCAAAUGUGACUUCUUUGCAAGAGGUGGUUCACAUUGCUAGUGGCUCACAUCUAGGAAAUUGUGACACAAGCACAAAAUUCAUUCUACAAGAGAGCAGCAUUAGCCAUACCAGUGGUGUAGUGGUGUUUUAUACCCUUAACAUUGACUCUCUCCAACUUGCCAUGAGCAACCAAGACCAAUCCUGCAUUCCUCUACUUCCACUAGGAUUCAUCAUACAUCCCAUGGGAGCACUACUUGUAAAUGACUACUCUAUCAUCGGUGAAGUCAAUGGUGUGCCUAAUUCAGGCUUUGAAAGCUUGCCAGGACAAGGUUGUUUACUAACUCUCGAGCUACAAGUUUUGGUUAGCACCAACCCAACUAAAAAGCUUGAGUAUUCUGACAUUAUCGCGAUCAGCAAGCCCUUGUGUGACAUAGUCCACAAAAUUAAUACUAACAGUGAUAGAGGAGGAGAUGAUGAUGAUGCUUGUGCUAAUAAUGGUGGUAAUGUGGGCGUUUCUACUAAGCCGGUGGCACAAGAUGAGCCAUCCUUGCAACAAGAUUAG